CCUCCCUCUUCUUCACAAUAAACCCCAAAACACAACCAAAAAAAAAUACAAAAUGAGCGCCACCGUUCAGCGGCUAUUACGCCGCCGCAUAACGAUCACCGGCGGAAUAAUUACACAAGACCCAUCAAUUAAAAGAAUAACCUCAAUGCUUAGACACCAAAAAACAACCACCACCAGCAAUUCUUCCAUUACUUCAAAUUUAAAUUCAUAUUCAAGAGCUUAUUUAAAGUUGCCUCAAUUUUUUAAAAAAUCACGAGACGUUGUUAAUGACGUGUCCUCGUCUAAUUCAGCUUUGAAUUCUCCAUUCUCGUCUGGUGUAACGGCGUCGUUUGUUGGGUGGUACUUGGGUAUGGUGAAAUCACGGCCAAUUUUGACCAAGAGUGUUACUUGUUCGAUCAUUUAUGUUGCUGCUGAUUUUUCUUCUCAGACAAUCGCACGUCCAGUUUCAGAGCCAUAUGAUUUGGUGAGGUUAUUACGCAUGGCAGGAUAUGGGAUGAUAAUUUUAGGACCAUCUUUGCAUUUUUGGUUUAACUUUGUGUCAAGACGCUUUCCAAAGAGAGAUUUAAUCACAACAUUUAAGAAAAUUAUCAUGGGCCAGACUCUAUAUGGACCUGCAAUGACUGCUCUUUUCUUCUCCUUGAACGCACGUCUACAAGGUGAGAACAGUUCCGAGGUUGUUUCCCGGUUAAAACGAGAUUUGUUCCCUACAUUGAUUAAUGGUGUCAUGUACUGGCCCUUGUGCGACUUCAUCACUUUCAGAUUCAUCCCUGUCCAUUUACAGCCAUUGGCGAGCAAUUCGUUUUCUUAUCUAUGGACUAUAUAUAUGACGUCUAUGGCAAGUCGAGAGAGAGUUGGCAGUAGCAGCUAACUAGCUCAAUGCUUCCGUGAUUUUCCUCUAACUGCACAACCCUGCACCGGUGGAUGCAUUUCAGAUUCGUUUUAACUGUUCAUGUCGUUUGUCUAGAAAUGCAGUGCCUCUGAGUUAGCCGAUCCGCAAUGAUCAUUUUAAACUAGGGUCGUGUAGUUGGACGGAUUUGAUUAUGUAAAGGAAUACCUUACUAUUUAUCAAAGACAUCUUUCUUCUGUUUCUA